AUGAAGAGAGGCGCAGAGAGACAAAUCAGCAAGGACGACGGCGACGACAUAGAGGAAGUGGAAGACCCUGGCAAGGGUUUACAAAAGGCAGACGAGUCUGUCCUCGCAAAGCGACAAAUACGUGGUUUGCCUAAGCGAACCAUGGCUUCAAAUAAAGCUUUGUCUUUCGCCGGACUUCCCAGUGCACCUCUUUCACCCGCGGAUUCGGAACCCCCCGCUUCUCCAAAAUUCGGUGGUUUCUCAGGGUUUGGCUCAGGAGCUGGACCGAGUCCUUUCUCAUUCGCCCCUCCAGCUGUCACUACAUUCACAACCUCAAACGUUGCGCCCUCUGCGUCUGCUGCUACGAAGGGCUUUGCAUCGGUUAUACAAGCCGCUAGUACUGCCAAUGCAUCCCCAACUAUUGUCAAUGCAUCCCCGAGUACUUCAAAUGAAGAUUACAACGCAGAACUGAACUAUUACAAGUCUAUUCGUGGUCUUAACGCCUCCUUUUUGACAGCGAUCCAAAAAGCUGUAGACCAGGAUCCCUUUAUUGACAUUGCAGGCCUUCUUGAGAGUUAUAAGAAUCUGCGGACUACCGUCCAAACAGAUCAUGAUAACUCAUCCAAAGCCACUAGCCAGAAGGCACCAGCUUCUGGCCCUCCUGUGCCUGAGAAGGCUGCACCUUCAACGACUGGAUUUCCCGUACCAAAAGGCUUCUCUGGAUUUGGUAGCUUUGGCUCCCCAUCAUUACAUACUUCAUCCACGAAUGGAACAGAUCAGAGCUCGGCACCCAAAAGUGCCUUCCCCUUCUCUACAUCAUCUUCCAGCACAAACGCGACUCCAACUUUUAGUCUGGGUGCCAAAAUGAGUGAAGAUACUCCUACAGCACCAUCUCCCUUUGGCACUUCGGAAGCUCCGAAAUCGGCUUUUUCAUUUGGGACUAAAUCCGAUGAUCCCAGCUCGUCAAGUCCGAGUCCGUUUUCAUUCGCUCCGCCAGCCGCACCUGCACCCAGCAAAGACAAAGACGAUUCAAAAUCCUCCUCAUCCGCAUUUGGCUCAGGCGUUCCCAACUUCUUCGCGUCAUCUAAGGCAGCAUCAUCCACGUUCUCCGACUUAAAGCCGACAUCAGCAUUCAACACUACGACGUCAUUAUUUGGUAACAGUACUGACUCAAAGACGCCCUCCUUCUUCACCCCAGGGUCCUCAGAUCUAUUCAACAAAGUAUCUGCUAAAACCGAUACAGGAAACGAAGAAAUCAAAACCGGAAGCACCACUGGUCUAUUUGGCAGCUCCUCCUUCACACCGCCUACCAACGCUUUCGCAUCUGCUGCUACCGACAAACCCACCAGUGCUUUCGGUACUUUUGGCGGAGGCUCGCCACCGAAAGGAAAUGGAUUUACGUUUGGGAAGGCGGGAGGAGGGAGUAUUGGCAAUCCAGUAGGGUUUGGAUUCGGAGUUGCGAAGCUUGCAGAUGGGGCUUCUACGUCUUCAUCGAGCGCCCCCACGGAAUUCAGUUUUGGUGCUCCACCGACCAAAUCUGUCUCUCCGUCAAUGGACACCGCCAGUCGAUCAGGGUCGCAACCUGUUGCCGGCGACGAGGGCACGCAAGACGAUGCAAAGUUGCUGCCGACUAGCAAUCACGAUGAUGAAGGCGAGGGUGAAGAAGAUGAAGAGACGACGUAUACUGUGAAGGCUAAAGUCUUCAAGCUUUCGAAGACUCCUGACAAGUCCGAGUGGAAGGACCUAGGGUGUAUGUUCCGUUUGAAAAAACAUAAAGAGACAGGCGCACGACGCGCACUGAUGCGAAACAGUGCCACCGGGAGGAUUAUCAUUAACUUCAGGUUGUUCGUGUCACUAACUCCAACACUGAUGAAGACGAUGAUAUCCUUUGUCGGACACGAUGAAGGUGCUCCUGCAUCGUUCCGAAUUCGUGUGAAAACACCUGAGCAAGCUCAGGAGCUCAAGAAUGCUUUGGAUCGCGAGGUAGCAGCUGUCAAGGAGUCGAGUUGA